CAACCAACUUCGCUAUCUUGGACAGAUACAACUGUCAAACAUGGCCCGCCUUACCGCCCUUACAUUCCUCAUCUUGCAGACACUAGCAGUUAACGCCGAUGUCUACGACAAUAACCCCUACAACUUCACCUUCCCCGCCGACCCAGGCGUCUCCGGUCCUCCUCUCGAGGUCAUCCACGCUUACUUCGGCCAAUGGCCCACCGGCAUAGCAGUCUCCAGCACCGGCCGGCUCUUCUCCAACUUCCCCGGCGGUCUUGACCCGACCAACGUCAACAAUGGCACACCCGGGAUCUUCACCGUUGGCGAACUCGUCUCUCCCUCCACUGAAAAGGCGUACCCAUCUGUGGAGAUGAACACACCUCCCUGCCCCGGUGGUGCCGUGAACCUGACUGACCCUCAAAACCCAGUCGGAUGCGGAAGUGCGGACCAUCUGAUCGCCGUGCAGAGUGUGGUCAUCGACCCUCUCGAUCGACUCUGGAUUUUGGACACAGGCAGGCCGCUGUACACCUUCCCCAAUGGCUCUGUGAUUCUUCUUCGCUCUAGUUACGGCGGGCCUAAACUCAUUGGCGUCGAUUUAUCUACCGACAAAAUCUUCCAAACCAUCCUUUUCCCUCCGGAGGUAGCCCUGCCUGGAGGUACCUACCUCAAUGACGUCCGGUUCGAUUUGCGCCCCAAUGUCACCUCUUCCGGCGCCGGCAUGGCUUACAUCACGGAUUCUUCCUUGAACGGACAAAACGGGAUAAUCGUCGUCGACCUCGGAACCGGCGACUCCUGGCGGAGAUUGCAAAGACAACCGUCCGUCUUGCCAGAGGAGAAGUUUGUGCCGUUCGUCUGGGGCCAACCCAUUUACUCCGCUCCUGACCCAGGCCACGCUCCCACUGGUAACCUCACCACCACCUCACCCCCCGGCUACAUUUCCUUCGGGUCAGACGGGAUCGCCAUUUCUGCUGAUGGGGAAACACUCUUCUAUGGCGCCGUAGCCGGCAGGAACCUCUACUCGGUUCCCACGGCACUGCUACGCCAGCGUGACGACGCCGUUGAGUCUGAACUAGUAAAAGCGGUGGUAAACCAUGGACAGACGGGCAACUCCGACGGCAUGGAAACGGAUUCCAACGGGGUGAUAUACAAGGGGAACAACGAAGCUAAUAGCUUGGUGGCGUUUGAUCCUGCGACGGGGACGACGCAGACGGUGGUUAGGGAUCCGAGGAUUGGGUGGGUUGAUACGCUCAGCGUUGCUGAUGAUCCGAAAGAAGAGGGGAGAGGGUUUGUGUAUUUCACGAGCAAUCAGUUGCAUUUGUCGGGGGCUAUGUGGUCCCCGGGAGAGGAAGGGGAUAGGAGGAAGAGGCCUUUUGGGUUGUUUAGGGUGCCGCUUUUGGAAAACGGAACGAAGAUAUCGGCGCCGGAGGGGGCGCGGUAAGGGAGAUGAGAGGUCGAGAGAGGAAGAGCACGAGAUGUUGCGUACCUCCAUUUAUGUCCGGUGAAGACCCUGGUAUGAUUUGAACUACUGUUGUUCGGUUCUGCACUGCAGGAUGUACAUCUCAGGGGGAAGUAAACAAAGGAUGGAAAGGUACCUCUAGGUACAUGUAGACAAGGCAGCAAGGACAUGAAAACGACCAGCUUGGUUCGUCAGCCUUGUCUAAUGGCCAGGUGCGGGUGGAGGUCCCGAUUGAUGGACAAGGAUGUUGGAAAAGCGGGUCUCUCCGCACCUUUUCGAGGCAGGUUUUGUUUACUUUACUCCUGACUUGUUUUGUUUCC